AUGGUGCAAACAAGGAAUAAGUGCUAUGAUAUAGUUAACAAAAUGGAAGAACUUUCCGGGGGUUCUAGUAAAGAAGGACUCCAAUCAAAAAUUACACAAUUUUUUCCAAUAAAAAACCUCUCAAAGCUUAAAAAUAACAUCAGAGUUUCCAACAAUUCUGACACACCGCAAACAAAUUUGUCUUGCUCCAAUUUAAGCGAGGAUUUCAGAGCUGGGGAUGCUGUUGACAAUUGGCAUGAUGAACAAAUUCCGGUCUUCCUCUAUACCCCAUCCCUACAAACAGUCCCAAACGGUGGUCAGCAACUGGAAUCAGAGGCAAAUCUAUCGCAACUUUCGAUUGAUCCCAAUAAUCCGAGUGAAUUAAAAAAUCACUCCAUUUCAGAUAGUGAGAGCUUGCUAUCCUCUCACCAAAGUAGAAUAGAGAGUCUUCCAUCAAGCUCAGACAACAAUUUAAAAUUUCCUAUAGAAUGCCAAGGUUCUGCUUUAAAUAUCUCGCAAACAGACUCACUGUCAAAAAAUUUUUUAAGAGCUGCAGAUUCAGCAGCAAUGGAGGACCUAGGUCACAAACUACUGUUAACGGGGCAGCAGUGCCUGAAACUCAAAAUGGACAUUGCAACUAAAGAGAUUGAGAAUAUUAAAAACUACAUUACUGAGGUAAAUACAUUAUUAAUGCUUCUGUUGGAAGAGCAAUCUUCAUUAAGUUUGUUAGUAAAAAACCUUAGGCCCCCACAUAAAGGGGAACAACAUCAAAAGGGACCAAAAGGAAAAAAUCUUAAACCGAUUUGCAAAAGAAAGAAACCCAAAAAUACCAUUAAAGGAAUUUCUAGAAGAAAGAGUAAGAUGAAUUUUCAGAGGCUCUUUAAAAUACUAGACAAGGAGGAACAACUACAGCAGUUGCUACCAAAACAGUGUGGACCUAAAGCAAAAGUGACAUCUCCUACAGACAUGGAAGCUGCUCAGGAUUUACAAAAAGAGGCACCUCCAGCCUGCUCUUCUGGAAAUUUAUCUGGAACUACCUUAAACAAUCAGACCCAGAAGAGUGUUCUUCGGAAGACUUUGAGUCGGAGCUCUGGGAAUGUUUCUCGGUCCAAUACAGAAUUAGUUUCUUGGAAUUUAAAAUAUAACUCUGAUAAACUGGCACUACUGAACCUUCCUUGGUCUAGAACUAAAGUGAGCCCCGAUAUUUGGAAACAAAAAAUCUGCAACUUUCUUCUGUCAUUGGGGCUAAGGAUCAUCUGGCCAGAUGACAUUACAAACGUGAAGUUUUUAUACAAUUCAUCUCCAAAUUCAUCAGUUAUUCUCACUCUCAAUUCUUCGGUUAUGGCGGCCCGAUUGUUUGCCAAAAGAGCCUUCCUAGACAAUUAUGGAAUUUCGGUUCAGAGAUGCUUUACAAAUAUAGCGAAGCCUUUCCCCCUGUUUAUUAGGAAUGUCUCUUCAAACAACUCCUCGAUCAUAGAAAAGAAGAAUUCUUCUCAGAGGUCAGAAAAUGUCUCCUCGUGUAAUAAAAUCUCUACAGUAAGUAAAAAGCAAUUGUCAAAUAUAAAUCAAACUUUAUCUAAAAAUCCUCCUAAGUCUUCUUUGCCAAAGGAACCAAAGAAACCUGCUGCCCCUAUAUCGCCUUUAUCGUUGAGGCAACUUGAAUUUGCAAGUCCAAACUCUAUAAAUUCCAUCGGCUCUAACUUCCUCACUAUUGAUGCGACUACUUUCCACUCUUCAAACUCUUCUAUUGAAGCCUCAGCUCAUUCCCUUGAGUCGGCAAAUAGCAACUCAAUUCAGGAAGAGUUUUUUGAUUUUACAUGUGAGGGGGAGGAAGAACUGAUAAAUAGUUUCCCCUCCUUCGAGGAUGCUGAACAGACUGAGAUCUGCUUAUCUCUAUUGUAUGUGAUCCAUUCAGCUUUUGAGGCUGAACUUUCCUGCUGCAUGGAUGACCCCUGCCACCUGGUCCGAGAGUCCCAACUCUUCCUCAUCUCCAGAUCUCGUCAGGUUCUGGGCUUCAUUACUAUCUCUUUGGUGGAUAGACUGACAUGCAUUGUAACAGUGUUUGCUCCAGCAGAAAAUAAUUCUCAGAACAUUGAGCUGAUUUCAGAUACAGGCUCUGCAAUUUCCAUAUUACCCAAGUCAGUUUACAUGCAAUACUUUAGUAGCUCACCACUUACAGCGCCUAACUGUGUCUCAAGGAAUCCAAUUACAGUCCUUGGAUGUCUAGCAGCAAAAGCAGCAUUUGAGAAAAAUUCUGUGGCAGCUGAAUUUUAUGUUGUACCAGAAGGAACUCCCAUUCUGGGCAGAGAUAUUUUUGUUGCAUUGCAUAUGCAAGUACUUAAUAGGACUCCCUCAAUACCUUCCAGUACGACAGAGUCAGCAUCACUUGCAACUAUAAUCACCCACAGAGUGGAGGAAGCUGUGGUGUGCAAAGGGGUUCAUUCACAGAGUUAA